AUGACUCGGGAACAAGUUAAAAAAACUAUGGCUAUAGUGAAAAAUCAAUGUAUGCCGAAGAACUCUGUUACAGAAGAACAAGUUGGAAGAAUAGAACAAGGAGUGUUUAUUGAAGAUCGUAACGUUAUGUGUUAUGUUGCAUGCGUAUACAAAACCUUUCAAGUGGUGAAAAAUGACAAACUUGAUAUGGCGCUCAUCACAAAGCAGAUCGACCUUCUUUAUCCCCCAGAACUUAAAGAGCCGGUCAAAAAGUCUGUUGCAGCGUGCCUACAUAGCCAGGACAAUUACAACGACCUGUGUGAACGAGUAUUUUACGGAUCGAAAUGUUUGUAUGAAAAAGACCCAAACAGUUUCAUCUUUCCUUGA